AUGGUUAAGAAGAAGCAAGUCGUGCCCGAGGCACCAGAUGUUGAGGCGGAGACCUCAGCCAAUGAGGAACAGCCAUCUACUGAGAUGGAGGUAUACGCGGUGGAAAGAAUGGUUCACAUCGAAAAUGAGGUUUUGAAAAUCCGCCACGAGAUGAGCGACUACAAGAAACAACUUUCUAAGCUCAACGAGUUAGAUGAGAUCAAGGAGAUGAUGAGAGUCAUGACGGCCAAUCAAGAGGCCCUUAGGAGAAACAACCCGGAUCCCCCACAGCCCCACGUUGAUAAGGGCAAGGGCAUACUCAAUGGACCGCCCAACGUCGGUCCUAAUCCCUUCCAUUCGCAAGCCGGCCCUAGUAGACCACCACCCGGGGGGAAUAACAGCAAUAAUGGAGGUUUCCAAGCACAGCCCACCAACCUCAACAACUAUCACGGUGGGCAUCAUAACUCCUCGCCUGAGUGGGAGAACCGAGAGCCUUAUGGACCCCAAUCCAGCCAGUAUAGGUCCAGAUUUGGAGGCACACAGUGGGAGAAUAUUAAUUCAGAUCGUAGAUGGGGUGAUAGAGGAGACCGUGAACCACCUUCUUGGGAGCCGUAUAGAGAGCGUCAGGCAGCGCCAAGAAACCAACCGAGGAUUCCUAUGAUGAUUCCUGAUGAAGAAUGGCUUCAAACGUCCAUUCUACACUUCGAUGGCGAAGCUAGGAGAUGGUAUCGUUGGCUCAAGCUCAAGGAGCCAGUCAAUACGUGGGGAGAGUUCAAAGAAGCUCUCAUGCUCAGAUUUGGUGAGUCUUCCUAUGUAGAUUACGACAUCGAGUUGCGUAAUCUAAGACAAACCGCAUCCGUUCAAGAAUACCAAGCCAAGUUUGAGAAUUUAGCAAGCAUGGUUGAUUGGACGCCCAAGUCCCUCAUUGCCGCAUUUGUUGGAGGAUUGAAGGAGGAAAUUCAGAUAGACAUACGGGCUGAGCCCAAUACGGAGUUGCGGAAGUGCUUUGCCAAAGCACGUUCCAUCGAGGAUAGCCCUCCGCGUAAAGAAGAACCUAAACCCGCUUUCAAGGGUCGAGCACCUCCUGUACUAACUCGGGAAGAAAGAGAAGAGUUAAUCAAGAACAAGCAGUGUUUCUGGUGUAAAGAGAAGUGGGACCCUACGCACAAGUGCAAGCACAUUCGAGUCUACACGGUUUUGGAUGAUGACGCCGACGAUGAAGGGGAAGAAGAUCAAUCCCCUAUGAUCGAAGAAAUAGAGGAAUUGGAGGCCCGAGAAGAGCCUCAAGAGCAGGAAAGGCCACCCCCUGAGGGCGCUUGUCAUACCAUGACAGACCCUAACCGACCAGAUGCUAUGAGAGUUAUAGGGCAAAUUGGAAAGAGAAAUGUUCUUGUUCUUUUGGAUUCGGGGGCUACUCACAAUUUCGUGGGUGACCACCUCGCUCAGGAAUUGAAUUGUACCAUCGAAGAGCACCCAACUCUUAAAGUACUGGUGGCCAAUGGUGAGUGCCUCCCUUGCACUCGCAAGUGUGCAAACGUAGAACUCGUGCUUCAGAAGAUCCCUUAUACAGUCGACUUGCUAGUUGUCCCUCUACCUAGCGUAGAUAUCAUUCUUGGAGUCAAAUGGCUCAAGACCUUAGGGCGAAUUUGGUGGGACUUCUCUACCAUGGAGAUGUGCCUGCCUAAGGAGGGUGGAGGAGAGGAAGUAGUGCUAAGAGCAGUCGAUCCUAGUUUGGCACCCAAGGCAGCGCUAAAGGCUAUAGCAGUCCAGAGACCAGCGGCUUGGUUAGUUUCAGUGGCAGAGGAAGUUGUCGCUCAAGAGGGAUCAGAAGAGAAAGUACCCGAGCAGAUUCAGAAAGUGUUGGAGGAGUUCAAGGAUAUAUUCGAGGAACCUAAAGGACUUCCUCCACCUCGAUCAUAUGACCACAGGAUAGUAUUGACCAACGGCACAGAGCCGGUUAACGUGCGCCCAUACCGCUAUGGGUACGCUCAAAAAUCAGAAAUUGAGCGAUUGGUCAAAGAAAUGCGAGAAAGUAAUAUUAUUCGGCCAAGUUCUAGUCCCUUUUCAUCGCCAGUCCUUCUCGUCAAGAAAAAGGACAACACAUGGAGAUUCUGUGUGGAUUACAGGGCCUUGAACGAAGCUACUGUCAAGGAUAGGCAUCCAAUUCCUGUUAUUGAUGAACUCUUGGAUGAACUAUCUGGAGCUCGCAUCUUCUCCAAGUUGGAUCUCCGGUCAGGGUACCACCAAAUUCGAAUGUAUGAGGAAGACAUUACAAAGACGGCAUUUCGUACCCAUGACGGCCAUUAUGAGUUUUUGGUCAUGCCAUUUGGACUUACGAACGCACCCGCGACAUUCCAACGAUGUAUGAAUGACGUGUUUCGUCAGUUCCUGCGUGACUUCGUGUUAGUCUUCUUCGAUGACAUUCUUGUGUACAGCCAGAGUAUUGAACAGCAUGUCGAGCACCUUCGUACAGUGUUGAGAAUAUUAAGGGAUAAUACCCUAUUCGCAAAAAUGUCCAAAUGCAGCUUUGGGCAGACUUCUAUCGGGUAUUUGGGUCACAUCGUAUCACAUGAGGGGGUCAGAGCCGACCCUGAAAAACUCCAGGCCAUGGAGCAUUGGCCCUUGCCGAAGGACCCACGAGGCAUGCGGGGAUUUUUAGGCCUCACGGGGUACUAUCGCAGAUUUAUCAAAGGCUAUGGUUUGAUCGCUUCUCCCUUGACGCACAUGUUGAAAAAGGGGGAGUUUACAUGGACUGAGAAAGCAAGAGAGGCCUUUGUCAAACUCAAGGCCGCUAUGAUGAGUGCCCCAGUACUUGCUCUCCCUGAUUUCUCUAAGGAUUUCGUAAUUGAGACAGAUGCUAGUGACGUUGGCGUCGGUGCAGUUCUGAGCCAAGAGGGCCACCCAAUUGCGUUUAUGUCGAAAGCCCUCACGGUGCGGGCCAAACCCUUUUCCACCUAUGAAAAGGAGCUUUUGGCAAUAGUCUUAGCAGUAGACAAGUGGAGGCCCUAUCUGAUUGGGCGAAGAUUUGUGGUGAGAACGGACCACAGCAGUUUGAGACUAACUCAGGAGCAAGAUCAGGAACUAACUCUUAGGCUCCUCAAGCAGUCCAUACGCCAGAAUCCUGAGUCUAUUCCCCACUAUUCGUUAAGAGGAGAAAUACUCUGCAAGAAGAGACGAGCCUUGGUACCUAAGAACUCGCCUCUCAAGGUUGAACUACUCAAACAUUUUCAUGACUCGAGCAUUGCUGGUCACGAAGGAGUGGCUAAAACUAUGGGGCGCAUUAAGGCACAGUUUUGGUGGGAGGGAAUGAAAGCAGACGUGAGGGAUUACGUGAAAGCCUGCCCUACCUGCCAACGUGAAAAAUAUGAGGCCAUCAAGCCUCCAGGGCACUUGAACCCUUUGCCCAUACCGGAUAAGCCAUGGGAAGAUGUAUCAAUGGACUUCAUUGAUGCAAUGCCCCGAGCUGAAGGGAAAGAGGCGGUGUUGGUCGUGGUGGAUCGCUUAACCAAGUACAGCCAUUUUGUGGCCCUACCCAGAAACUACCAUGGACCAAUGGUUGCUAAUGUUUACCAAGAUCACGUUGGAAAGCUGCAUGGUAUGCCCAAGACCAUUGUCUGCGAUCGGGACUCGAUCUUCGUCAGUGCUUUUUGGAGGGAGUAUAUGAGAAUGGCGGGUACAGUGAUCAACUUUAGCACCGCCCAUCAUCCUCAAACAGAUGGGCAGAGCGAAGUAGUCAACAGGACACUGGAGACCUAUCUGAGGUGUUACGCCGGAGAGAGACCCAACACCUGGGUCAAAUAUUUAUCUUGGGCUGAGUGGUCCUAUAACACCAGCCUCCAUUCAGGAACCGGCAUGACUCCCUAUGAAGCCCUGUAUGGUUGCCCGCCGAGUUAUGUCCCGAGGUAUGAGGUAGACACCGCAAGAGAAGAUGAGGUCGAUGUUGCCUUGAGAAACAGGGAUGACAUUCUAGCCACGCUAAAAAGAAACAUCCAGAGGGCCCAGGCUAGAAUGAAAAAGGCGCAUGAUAAGGGGCGUAGAGACAGAGAAUUUGAGGUAGGCGACAUGGUAUGGUUAAAGAGGCUGCCCAUGAAGCAGAAAUCGUUGCUAGGACAGCCCUAUUCGAAGCUUCUGCCAAGAUACUAUGGGCCGUUUCGAGUUCUUCAGAAAAUUGGUAAGGCAGCCUAUCGCAUAGCUUUGCCACCUACAGCCCUUGUCCAUCCAGUAUUCCAUGUCUCUCGGUUGAAGCCGCAUCACGGGCCAGUACCAGAGCAAGAGGAACCAUUACCAGAUGUUAGCCAACGCCCAUAUCGAAUCCUAAGGCACCGAUGGGUCACUAGAGAUGGUAGAGCCCGCCACGAGGGACGUGCAACGGCGUUAAGAGAGUUUAGGGGAGAGUUCGGCCAAGGGGAGUUCUUGCUGGAAUCACAGCCAGCAAGCUAG